UAACAGAAGGGUUCAAUCUUAUCGAGGUAUAAGAGAAGAAGAAACGGCUCUAGCAAUGGAGGACAUUACUAGGUCUUGCUCUUCAGGUUUACCGGUGAAUCUAAGUGAACUCUUUUCUGCAACUACAAACAACGUAGUCAGCAGAAUAGCUUUGGGAAGAAAGUAUAGUGAAGAUACAAACAAGUUUAAGAAGCUUUUGAGUGAUUUUUCUGAGCUGUUGGGUACUUCGAACGUCGGGGAUUAUCUUGCAUGGCUUGCAUGGGUAAGCCAUGUUAAUGGAUUCAAUGAUAAAGCUGAUAAAGGGGCGAAGGCGUUCGAUGAAUUUCUAGAUGGAGUGAUCGAAGAACGUAUAAAUCGGCGUAAUAAACAUGUAAAUUAUCAAAAUGACCUUGUAGAUAUUCUGCUGGAGGUUCAGAAAGAAAACACAGUUGGCUUGCCUAUAGACAGAACUAGCAUCAAGGCUCUUAUUUUGUAUGAGGUGAUUAUAACAUUCUCUUUUAUUACUGACGUCACUUAA